GACACGAGGAGAGAGAAAAGAAAACCUCACAGCAAUAAUGGCUUCUCAUUUCAUCCUCAACUCUCCCCCGGCAGAUUUCCUUGACUUUUUCUCCAGUGAUAUGCAAUUGACCCAGCCUAAUAUGUCACAUUUAGAUGAAGACUCCUUCUCAUCUGUCCUGCCAUCAAGUGGACGGAACAAAGACAUUUUAGGUCAGUCCCUUCCUCCUGGAGGGGAAGGAUUCUUCGAUCAUUUGUCAUCUUUUGGAGGAGGAGGCAGUGACGCAAUAAAUGAUAUAGGGAAUAUUGGAUUAUUUAGUUCGCCAUCAGUAGUACCAGCUACUCCAGUCCAUACCAAUAGACAGCAGUUUACAAUACUCCCACAGACUGAAGACCAGAGACUACCAUUUACUUAUAAUGAUUCUGCUACUGAUACUUCACAUACCAUUGGUCUUAGACCUGUUUCUGAAAUACCUCAACGAUAUCAAAGCGUCUUUCAGUCAUUCUCUCAUUUUAAUUUCAUCCAGUCCAAAGUGUUUGAUGAUGUUAUGUACACGGACACUCAUUUGGUCACGUCGGCUCCCACUGGCAGCGGAAAGACCGUCAUAUUCGAGCUAGCCAUAGUCCGUAUACUAAUGACAAUGGCUCACUCGUUUAACUCGCUCAAAAUUGUUUAUGUUGCUCCCAUUAAAGCACUCUGCAGUGAGAGGUACGAAGACUGGAGCUCAAAGUUUGGACGUUUUGGACUAAAAUGUGCUGAAUUGACCGGAGACAGCCAGUUAGACGAUUAUUUUGAACUUCAGAAUGCUCAAAUCAUAAUGACAACCCCAGAAAAGUGGGAUAGCAUGACUAGAAAGUGGAGAGAUAACAAAUCACUUGUUCAACUAGUGCAACUCUUCCUAUUAGAUGAGAUUCAUCAGCUCAACGAUGAGUCCAGAGGUCCAACAGUCGAAGCCAUUGUUAGUAGAAUGAAAACCGUCCGCUCCUCAGUAGCAGGAGAGACUGGAGGCAGGAGACUCCUGAGGUUUAUAGCAAUAUCUGCUACUUUACCAAACAUUGACGAUAUUGCUAGUUGGCUUGGUACUGAAGAACAGCCUGCAAUAAUGCAUAGUAUUGAUGAUAGUCACAGACCUGUGCAGUUGCGUAGGGUCGUCUUAGGGUUUCCUGAUGCUAGCACAGAGUUUAAGUUUGACCUCUCGCUAAACUAUAAGAUCAGUGGAAUCAUACAGUGCUACUCUGAUCAGAAACCGACACUAGUGUUUUGUGCUACACGCAAAGGGACCCAGCAGGCUGCUGGCAUUUUAGUUAAAGAUGCUAGGUUUGUGAUGAAUGUUGAACACAGAAGAAGGCUUCAGUCUGCUGCUAGUUCUGUUAAUGACAGCAAACUAAAAGAGCUGAUAGUGUAUGGUGUUGGGUAUCAUCAUGCAGGGAUGAGCAGUAAUGAUAGAAAACUCAUUGAGACAAUGUUCACUAAUGGAGAGCUACCAGUCCUUUGUGAGUUCAUUUGA